CAGUCUCUGGAUCUUUCUGGAGCCAUGUCCCAUCGUAGUUCCUAGCUUGAGCUUUUUCAAACCCCAGGAAGAGAGUCCAAAAGGGCUAGCUAGUGAUUUUCCUGACUCUUAUAUGCUUCAUGGUCAAGAAAAUUCAUUCGUGUAACAGCCCUUCUACCAAAGAAGAAACAUCAAUUUGUGCUUUAAAAGUUUCCUCUUCCCCACUUCCUGUACUUAGAUUUUCAAGCAAUAACACCAUCCGCCUCAGAAGGGGUCACCCUGUGGCCCACGUGCUCCCCCUGCCAGCCUCGCCCCUGCCUUCAGUCAGUCUGUCCUGUGUUCCCUCGGCGCCAGACCAGGCCCCAUGCUGCUCUGGACGGCUGUGCUGCUCUUGGUUCCCUGCAUUGGGGAAACAGCCUGGCUGAAACUCCAAGUCUGGCCAAACCCCGUGUUUGAAGGAGAUGUCCUGACUCUGCAAUGCUCGGGAGAGAGGAACGCAGCCCUGUCCCGGGUGCAUUUCUUCAGGGAUGGAAAACCCUUCCAUUUCUCUAAGGACAACCAGCUUCUGUCCAUGGGGACGGCAACAGUGAAGAGCAGUGGCCGGUACAGCUGUGCUGGGCAGGUGACCUCCGGCCGACAUGUGAACAAACGGGCCUCAGGGACUGUCAUGGUCCAAGUCCAAGAGCUGUUCCCGCCUCCUGUGCUGAGCGCCAUCCCCUCUCAUGAGCCUCGUGAGGGGAGCCCCGUGACCCUGAGAUGCCAGACGAAGCUACACCCCAAGAGCCCACUGUGUGCUGCCCCAGCUCCUGUGUCCAGUCCUCUGCUCACCCUGAGACCCAGGCCCACUGGCCUCGCUGUGGGGUAUGGGGUGGAGCUCCUCUGUGAGGCCCAGAGGGGCUCCCCUCCCAUCCUGUACUCAUUCUACCUCAAUGGGGAGAUGCUGGGAAAUCACACGGCCCUCCGUGGAGGAGCCGCCUCCUUCCUCUUCCUGGUGAAGUCAGAGCAGGAUGCUGGGAACUACACCUGCAAAGCCGAGAACAGAGUCUCCGAAGAGACAAGCAAGCCUGAGACCCUCUCCGUGGUUGGUAGGUCUUGUCCCGCAACCGGCUCUGAGCCCAGCAAGCCAGCCGGGUCGGGGCUGGGGAAGCUGCUAGAGUCUGGUGCAGGGGGCAGGCACCGUCUGCCAAGAAGGAUCUCCCACGUUAAUAACUGUCUCCUGCCGCCAGGUCUCACCAUGACAGAGCCCUUGAUUGGCUUCCCACCACAAGGGCCUUCAGGGCACUUAGGUCUUGGGGUGGGAGAGCAGGUGGGUCCUUUUCAAGCUGCAUCCUUUCUUUCAGCUCAUUUCGAGAACGGGGAGGAUGCAGGGGUUGUCUACACUGCGGUACGUACAACCCCAAAGAAGAGCGAAGCCAUGCCUGCAGAGUCAUCCCAGCAGGAAGAGGACUUCUCUGUCAUCUACGCUGAGAUGAGAUGCCUGCAGCUCAGAGAGGUUCCAGCCCAGGGGCUAAACAGAAGCAGCAGGACCCACCAAGAUCCCACUGGUGACUACGAGGAGGUCCUCCGCCAGUGACAGCGUCCCCGCAACACACACACCCCUCCACAGCCUCCAGCGCUCCCCCAAGGUCAGGGGGCCCAGCCUCUUCUGUGGGCCCUCCAGUUCCCGAGCCCAGCAGCCAGUAGCCCUGUUGGUGGAAGGCAUCAGAAAACUCAGUUACCCUUGCAGGCUUCAAAAGACACAUGGUUGUAGAAUCUGUAAUUAAAGGUAUAUCAGUUUGUCUCGUGUGGUCCAUCAAUAGUGACCGUGGGCACUGCUGUAGUUAGUUCAGUCUGGGUUAUUCAAGGAGUAUGGACUCCCUGUGGCCCAGGCUGGUGAUAAGAGAGAUGAGGAGGACGAGGAAGAGGCAGGGAUGGGGCAGGAGAAGGGAAGUGAGUCCCAGUCCAGUCCACAGCCAGAGUUGUCCGUAAAGAACCGGUUACACACUUGCUCCUGCGAGGCUCUGGCCCCGUCUUUGCAGGCCCCUGCACUGGCCUCACAGAAAGUGAGGUCCAAGUUGCAGACACUGGGCUGCACCAGACCCCACCCACCUCUCCAGGCAAGAAGUCUGUGAUCAGAGAGCUCCUGGCCCCUCAGAGCUGCAAACAUCUCACAUUUCCCCUUGAGCUUAUUAGAAAUGCAGACCCCAGAACUGCUGAAUCAGAAUCUGCAUUCAAUAAGAUCUUCAGGCAAUUUGUAUGUGCAUUAAAGUUUUAAGAUCCUGGUCUACCUCCAAAAUACAGACAUCUUGAAGUAAAUCUUAGGAGCUUAAUUGCCUGUGGAUCUGCUCCGGGUGAAGACAGGGGAUGAGAAACCCAUGCUAGCGUCUUUUUCCUCACUUCUCUUCUCCCUUUUCUUCCUUCCCCUUUUCCAUCCCAACCCUUCCUCUUUCUUAUCCUCUCUCAUCACCAGUCCGUCGUCGGCAGCCAGAAGACACCGGGGUCCCCUCCCCUUUGCCUCCUGGACUCUGCUGGGAUGACUGAGGGGGGCACAGGCCAUCUAGAACCGCAGUGUCCCCACUGGUCAGUCAGGAAGCACCCCUAGAACCCACGCCUUUGCCACGCCCUCUGUAAAUGAGUCGCCCCCUUGAAAAGAGUCAAAAUGGAUACAAGACAGCUCAUGAAGGGAACACUGAUGAUGGGGACCAGGAAGGAGCCAGCCCUCCAGUCGUCCCCACAGACCCCCUCCUUCCUGAGCCUUCAUGCCUCCUUCAUCCCUGCCCCUACGCCCCUACACUCAACACGUCGUCCCCGCACAGGGGCUGUCUGUGAGCUGCAUUCACCAGUCCACGUGUAACAGGCAGAAAGCAAGAAUUUAGGAACUUUUAUAGCAAUCUGACAGAAUAAUUGUGUGUGUGUUUAAUAUAAUCAUAAAAAUUAGGACUUGUAUUUUAUAUAUCUUUUAAUUUUCUUUAGUAAUUUGCUUUUAUAUUAUAGCUCCACAAUGGAUUGGAAAUAAAAAAGAAAAACAGGUCCUUCAACACAGGUAGGUGAGAAGUCCUAUUUUACACGCACAAAAACUUGCCAGCUUGCUCUCACUCGCUCUCUCUCUUCCUCUCUCUCACACACACGGACACCCCACUGGCUUGGUCUCUCGGACACUCUGUUCUCUCCCCAGAUCCUUACUUCAUAAAAGAGUGAGCUGGGGUUUUUCAAAAUGAACAAUUACUAAGAAAAAGGAAAAGAGAGUCCCCCAAAGAACACGGAGAAAAUAGAGCUUUCAGAAGAAAGCCCACGUCCUCCAGCCCAGGCUCUCACUGGUCUGCCUGAUGUCCGCACACCCAGCCCCAAACCCCACCUCCAGUCCUCAGAGCAGGCGCCCGCUUCUGUUCCCAGAGGGCGCUGGUGGGCAGCGGCAGCAGAGACGCCGUGAAGGGAGAAUGGGGCUCUCACAGCUCUCCAGCGCCAGACCCUGCAGACCCUGAGGAGGGGUGCCACGGCGCCCAGCCUGCCCCCCUGCCCCACAGGCCUGCCACCAGCAGUCUCCACAGUCGCCAGGCUCUGAGCUGAGAAACCUCAUUUUUCUCUCCACGUCAGAGCUACAUGCACUUAUCCAGCAGGGGUGUGUUGGCGGUGCCUCCUCUUGAGACCUGGGCUCUGUGGGGGUCACAUCACCUACAGGAUAAGAGAAGAAAGAACUGCUUAGCUGGGAAGAGGAUGGAGAGGAGGCUGGCACUGCCCCUUUAAAGGGAGGCAGUAAUGUUACGGAAAUGACAGGCCAGCAAGAAACAAGCACCACUCAGAGGGUUGGAGUGCUCAGAUUUAUUAUGCUGGCU